CUUAGCCUUUACUUUUCUAUACUUCAAGAAACAAAAAAAACACAAAACAACGUAGCUCAUCGAUCUAUCGAUCAAUCUAGUUAAAGAAAAACCUAAUUUGAAUCGAAAUUAAGAUGUCGGGAGUAUGGGUGUUCAAGAACAAUGGUGUGAUUCGUUUGGUGGAGAAUCCACAAGCCGAACAAGGAGGUAGUGAUCAAGCAAGAACAAGGAAGAAGGUGCUCGUACACCUUCCUACAGGAAGGGUGAUUACAUCAUACCAAAUCCUUGAACCAAUUCUUAAAGACUUAGGUUGGGAACAUUACUUUGGAGGUGAUUCUGAUCUCUACCAAUUCCACAAGAGAUCUUCAAUCGAUCUCAUUUCACUUCCUAGAGAGUUCUCCAAGUUCAGCUCCGUCUACAUGUAUGACAUUGUUGUUAAGAACCCUAAUGUUUUCCAGGUUCGCGACAUGUAGAUAUUUCAUAUAUCUGCAUGGACUACUACUUACUACUACUACCAAUCAAAACUAUCUAAUCUAGGGUUAAUUUGUUUGUGCUUGCAUCUAAGUACAUAUAUAAGCGUUGCUUCUUCAAUUUUGCGUGUUUCUUCUUCUUCUUCUUCUUCCCUUUUAAGGAGUGUUAAGGUUUUCUUCAAAGAGUGUGUUAGUUUCACGGAGUUCCUCAAGAGGGGGGGUGAAUUGAUAUUUUACGUAUUUAUAAAAAUUAAACUAUA